GGGGAGAAAAAAAGCAAAAGGGAACAGAAACAUGGCCGUCAGCUGACGGGGCAGCCGCGCCACACGCAGCUCCUAGCGACCCGCAGCCCACCCGGUCCGCGGCCUCCGGUGAGCCGAGGCGCUGGCGCGGUUACCACUCGCUGCAUGCGGCGCCCCUCGAGACCGAACCCGUGAGGCGGCGCAGGCGCAGAUCGGGCCGUGGCGGCGGCGGCGGCCACUGGAACUAGUUCCCGGCCUGGCCGGGCAGAGGGCGCGCAGGCCGCGAAGCCGGCGCUUUCAUGCCUUAGGCAGGGUCUGUUCUGGGGUGGCGCUGAAGGCGGAGCGGCAGCAGGAAAUAUAAUAGCAGCCAUGAUAGAAGACAAAGGGCCAAGAGUGACAGACUACUUUGUUGUAGCAGGUCUUACUGAUACAUCUACUCUUUUGGAUCAAGAAAUAAAUCGUUUAGAUACUAAGUCAAUUGGACCUAAAGCUCCAAUUACAGAUAUUGCUGUUAUUAUCAAAUCAGCUGGGGAGACAGUCCCUGAAGGUUACACCUGUGUUGAAGCCACUCCAUCAGCUCUCCAAGCAAACUUGAACUAUGGAAGUCUGAAAAGCCCAGAACUUUUCCUCUGUUAUAAGAGAGGGCGAGAUAAACCACCCCUUACCGAUAUUGGAGUUUUAUAUGAAGGGAAAGAGAGGCUUAUGCCAGGAUGUGAAGUGAUCCAAGCCACGCCUUAUGGUCGCUGUGCCAAUGUCAACAAUAGUUCAACUACUUCACAAAGAAUCUUUAUCACUUACCGAAGGGCUCCUCCAGUUCGACCCCAGAAUUCCUUGGCUGUAACUGAUGUCUGUGUUAUUGUAACCAGUAAAGGAGAAACCCCUCCUCAUACCUUCUGCAAAGUUGACAAAAACUUAAAUUGCGGAAUGUGGGGUUCCAGUGUGUUUCUGUGUUAUAAGAAGUCUGUGCCUGCUUCUAAUUCAAUAGCAUAUAAAGCUGGUUUAAUUUUUAGAUAUCCAGAAGAUGACUAUGAGUCAUUUCCACUCUCAGAAUCUGUACCUCUCUUCUGCCUUCCUAUGGGAGCUACUAUUGAAUGCUGGGAUCCCCAGACCAAAUACCCACUUCCAGUUUUUUCAACUUUUGUCCUGACAGGCUCCUCUGCUGAAAAGGUAUAUGGAGCUGCCAUCCAAUUUUAUGAACCUUAUUCUCGGGAACUUCUAACAGAGAAACAACUUAUGCAGCUGGGCCUGUUGACACCUGUGGAGAGAAAAAUUGUCUCUAAAUCCAUCAAUUCAAACAAAUGCAUUUGUUUACUUUCACAUUGGCCUUUUUUUGAAGCUUUUAGAAAAUUUCUUAUGUUUAUCUACAAACUUUCUGUGUCUGGACCACAUCCUCUUCCCAUUGAAAAGCACAUUUCACAUUUUAUGCAAAACAUCCCUUUUCCUUCACCACAAAGACCAAGAAUCCUUGUACAGCUGUCAGUCCAUGAUGCCUUAAUUUUAUCACAGCCAGUUUCUACACCUUUACCACUAAGUGGAGCCAACUUUAGCACCUUGUUAAUGAAUCUGGGUCCUGAAAAUUGUGCAACACUACUGCUCUUUGUUUUACUUGAGAGUAAAAUUCUGCUGCAUUCUCUUAGGCCGGCUGUGUUGACUGGGGUUGCUGAAGCUGUUGUAGCUAUGAUCUUUCCAUUUCAGUGGCAAUGUCCAUAUAUUCCCCUUUGCCCUCUUUCACUGGCGGCAGUGCUUAGUGCACCUUUACCAUUUAUAGUUGGAGUUGACUCAAGGUAUUUUGAUCUUCAUGACCCACCACAAGAUGUUGUUUGCAUUGACUUGGAUACGAACAUGGUAUAUAUAUCAGAUGAAAAGAAGAGCAUGAACUGGAAGCAGCUUCCCAAAAAGCCAUGCAAAAAUCUACUUAGCACCUUAAAGAAAUUAUAUCCUCAGCUAUCUUCAGUUCACCGCAAAACUCAAGAAGGUUCAGCAGUUGAGAUGACUCCAAUUGAAGCAGAUUUCUCCUGGCAAAAGAAGACGAUGCAACUUGAAAUGGAAAUUCAAGAAGCAUUUUUGCGCUUUAUGGCAACUAUUUUAAAAGGAUAUAGAACAUAUCUCAGACCAAUCACAGAGGCCCCUUCAAAUAAAGCUACAGCAGCUGAUUCAUUGUUUGACCGACAGGGGUUUUUGAAAAGUCGAGAUCGUGCCUAUACAAAAUUCUACACCCUUUUAUCGAAAACACAGAUUUUUAUUCGUUUCAUUGAAGAGUGCAGUUUUGUAAGCGAUAAAGAUACUGGAUUUGCAUUUUUUGAUGACUGCAUAGAAAAGUUGUUUCCUGAUAAAGGCACAGAGAAAACAGAUAAGGUUGAUUUUGAUUCAGCAGAAGAUACCAAAUUGAUAGAACUAGAUGAUUCACAGAAAAGUGAGCACACUGUGUUCAUAAUGCCACCAGAGCCACCUCCUGAUGCUGGAGAGGAACUGUCACCAAAAUACAGUUACAAAUACUUUCCAAGACUGGACCUUAAGCUUUUUGACAGACCACAGGAGCUGAAACUUUCUUUUAGUAGACACCCUACUGGGAAUAGUAUUACAAACAGUCCAGCUCUCAUGGCUAAGAGAACUAAACAGGAGAUAAAAACAGCUCAUAAAUUGGCCAAGAGAUGUUAUACAAAUCCACCACAAUGGGCCAAGUGUCUCUUCAGUCAUUGUUACAGCUUAUGGUUCAUUUGUCUCCCAGCCUAUGUUAGAGUUUCUCAUCCUAAGGUUAGAGCACUUCAGCAGGCAUACGAUGUGCUUAUUAAGAUGAGGAAAACAGAGGUGGAUCCACUAGAUGAGGUGUGCUAUCGAGUAGUAAUGCAGCUUUGUGGACUUUGGGGCCAUCCUGUUUUAGCAGUGAGAGUCUUAUUUGAAAUGAAAACUGCUAAGAUAAAGCCAAAUGCUAUUACAUAUGGUUAUUAUAAUAAGGUAGUUUUGGAGAGCCCGUGGCCUAGCAGUAACCGUAGUGGUAUCUUCUUGUGGACGAAGGUACGGAAUGUGGUGCGUGGUUUGGCACAAUUUAGGCAGCCCCUUAAAAAGACUGUGCAAAAGUCGCAAGUAUCCUCAAUAUCAGCUCUUCAGCAUGCCACAAGUGGAAGUGACGGGGACACGCUAAGCCACGGUAGUGUGGAUAGUUCUAAUGAUGCUAACACUGGGGAGCACACAGUCUUCGUCAGAGAUUUAAUCAGGCUUGAUUCCAUUGGUAAUCACUCUAGCACAGGUGGUCAGUCUGACCAAGGCUAUGGGUCUAAGGAUGAACUGAUAAAGGAUGAUGCAGAAAUUCCUGUGCCUGAAGAACAAGUAGCAAGAGAAUUGAUAACUAAAACAGAAAUGCAAACAAAAGAGUUGUAUGAUGUCUCUGCCAUUGUGGCAAAACAUUCACAACCCAGUCCUGAGCCACGGUGUUCUACUGAACCUUUUGCAUGGAGCAGCAGUAUAGUGAAAGUUCCAUCUGGUAUAUUUGAUGUAAACAGCAGGAAAAGUAGCACUGGUAGUACAUUGAAUAUGCUAUUUUCUACUCAGGAGCCAAUUGAAGAUGCAGUGUUUGGUGAAGUUACUAAUCUCAAGAAAAAUGGUGAUAGAGGAGAAAAAAGACAAAAACAUUUUCCUGAGAGAAGUUGUAGUUUUAGUUCUGAAAGUCGAGCAGGCAUGUUGCUUAAGAAGAGCAGUUUGGAUUUGAAUUCAAGUGAAAUGGCCAUCAUGAUGGGAGCAGAUGCCAAGAUUCUGACAGCAGCAUUGACAUGUCCUAAGACUUCGCCACUUCAUAUUGCAAGAAUGCAGAGCUUUGAGAAUGUUAACUAUCACCUAGCUGAUACACGGACUUAUUUGUCUGAAAGCACCUGGGAGUCUGAACACAGAUCAUCUCCAGUGUUAGAGAUGCUUGAGGAAAGCCAAGAGCUCCUAGAGCCUGUGGUUGAAGAUAAUGUAGUUCAGACUACAAUGACAAAGGAUACAUAUGACAGUCCACAAAGUGAUGGUAAUAGUAAUCAGUCUAGAGACUUGAACGCAGGAUCCAAAGAUCCAAUAAAUAAGAGAAGUAGUUUCUAUGGUGUUGUGAAAGCUAUUGAGAGAGAAGAUGUUGAAACUGGACUAGAUCCUUUGUCUCUUUUAGCCACUGAAUUCACAGGAGAAAAAACUCCCGAUUCUGAAGAUAAGAUGUUUUCUCCAGUUAUUGCACGUAAUCUAGCUGAUGAAAUUGAAAACUAUAUGAAUCUAAAAAGUCCCCUUGGUAGCAAGUCUUCCAGUAUGGAAUUGCACGGAGAGGGAAUCAGUGUUACCACCGUUGCACUUGUUCACCCUUUAGAGAGGAGAUCAAGCCUUCCUGUAGAUAAUGGUCCAUCAGCACAGGAAAAUCCUGAAAGUGAAAAAAGCUCUCCUGCAGUGUCUAGGUCUAAAACUGUUACUGGGCGUUUUAAGCAGCAAACUCCUUCUCGGGUUCAUAAAGAGCGUUCAACUUCCUUAUCAGCACUGGUGCGUUCUUCGCCACAUGGUUCAUUGGGUUCUGUAGUAAAUUCUUUGUCAGGGCUAAAGCUUGAUAACAUACUCUCAGGCCCCAAGAUAGAUGUCCUGAAAUCUGGUAUGAAACAAGCAGCAACAGUAGCCAGUAAGAUGUGGGUAGCUGUUACAUCUGCCUACAGCUAUUCAGAUGAUGAGGAGGAAACUAAUAGAGAUUACAGCUUCCCAGCUGGCCUAGAAGAUCAUAUUUUGGAUGAGAAUAUAUCUUCUAACAUGUGUAUCUCAGGGUUGGUCCCCAGUGAACUUACCCAGAGCAACACAAGCCUUGGCAGUAGCAACAGCAGUGGAGAUGUAGGAAAACUGCAGUACUCAACAGGUGACGUUCCAUUUCCAAAAGGCAUUAAAGGGCAGGACUUUGAAAAAUCAGAACAUGGUUCUUCUCAAAAUACCAGCAUGUCUAGCAUCUACCAGAAUUGUGCAAUGGAGGUUUUGAUGUCAAGUUGUUCACAGUGUAGAGCUUGUGAAGCUUUAGUUUAUGAUGAAGAAAUUAUGGCUGGAUGGACUGCAGAUGAUUCAAAUUUGAAUACAACGUGUCCGUUCUGUAAAAGCAACUUCUUGCCUCUUCUCAAUGUAGAGUUUAAAGACUUGAGAGGCUCUGCAAGCUUUUUCUUGAAACCAAGUACUUCUGGUGACAGUUUACAAAGUGGCAGCAUUCCAUUGGCAACUGAACCCCUGGAGCACAAACCUGUAUCCUGUUCAACAGAAGCUGAUUUGAUCAACUUUAUAGAUUUCCCAAAACAUAACCAGACAAUAAAUGAAGAAACAGUCUCUCCAGUUGAAUCAAGUAAUGAACUACAAAAAGCCAGUGGAGAUGUCCAAACUAUGAAAAUUUCAUCUGUGCCUAAUAGUUUAUCAAAACGAAGUGUAUCUUUGACUCGAAGUCACAGUGUUGGAGGCCCCUUGCAAAAUGUUGACUUUUCCCAGCGACCAUUUCAUGGCAUUUCAACAGUUAGUCUUCCAAACAGUUUGCAGGAAGUUGUGGAUCCGUUAGGGAAAAGGCCAAAUCCUCCCCCUGUUUCUGUGCCCUAUUUGAGUCCCCUGGUACUUCGAAAAGAACUGGAAUCUCUGCUAGAAAAUGAAGGUGAUCAAGUGAUUCACACAUCCUCUUUUAUCAAUCAACAUCCAAUCAUUUUCUGGAACCUGGUUUGGUAUUUCAGACGUUUGGACCUUCCUAGUAACUUGCCAGGACUUAUCCUCACCUCUGAACAUUGUAAUGAAGGUGUACAGCUUCCUCUGUCAUCUUUGUCCCAGGAUAGCAAACUUGUGUAUAUUCAGCUGUUAUGGGAUAAUAUCAACCUUCAUCAAGAACCAGGAGAACCUAUGUAUAUUUCAUGGAGGAAUCUUAGUUCUGAAAAGAAAUUCUCUCUCCUGUCAGAAGACAAACAAGCAACAAGCACUUUAAUAGAAACCAUCAGGCAGAGUAUUCAACAUAAUGAUGUUGUUAAACCCAUCCACCUUCUUUCACAGCAAAUGAAGCCAGGUGUGAAAAGACAAAGGAGUUUAUACAGAGAAAUUCUCUUCUUAUCAUUAGUAUCUCUUGGGAGAGAGAAUAUUGAUAUUGAGGCUUUUGACGUUGAAUAUGAAUUUGCAUACAAAAGUCUAUCUUCAGAGAUUCUUGAACAAUUGCAGAAAAUUGAUGCUCCACCAAGUGACAGUGUGGAGUGGUGCAGAAAGUGUUUUGGAGCGCCUCUCAUUUAAAUAAGAGAUUCAUUAGAAUCUUCACACACAGUGUCAGGGGAAUAGAUUCAGUGUUGAAACAUUCAAAGUUUUUUCAGAUCCUAAGAAUUGGAGAAACCCGAAAUGAGCUAACUCUUGGGGACAACAUAUAAUGAAUUGUAAUUCAUACUGAAUCAUCUCACAGUGUAAAAUGCCAUUAAAAUGCCCCAUGGUUCAUUGAUGUUGAAGACUUGCAGCUUCUAAACUGUUUCUCAGCCUCUGUUGAAAACUGUUUUUGUAUUCCUCAGUAGCUGUACUUUGAUACAGACAAUGAGAAACCAUACUCAGUGUAGGUAUUUUGUUAAUAUAUAUUUGAAGCUAUUGGGUUUGGGAAUAGCAAAUUAACGUAAAUUUGCCUGGUCUCCAAGCAAAUGAAAUAUCUCAAUUAUAAGAGCAAUCAUUUGUGAAUCUGUGUAUAUAUGUGUGGCUGUAUAGGUAUGUAUAUGUACAGCCAUAUUAUAUGUAUAUUUAUUGAAAUCCUUAGAUUGCAUGUUGCAAUGCAAUUUUCUGAAAUUUUCUGAAAGGGAUCUCACUGACUAUUAAAUAAAUGGCUACUACUAAACUGGCUUGUAGUCAUGUAUCUCAAAAUUACCUGAAAGCCUAAUGACAACUGCCUUGCCUCCAAUUAUAAAUUUAAUAUAUAUCUUCACCCUUUAUAUUGUGUCUUUGCUUAAUAUUUUGAGUAUUUUUACUUCCUUCUGUCAUUAUUACAAUACUAUGUUAAUUUUUGACAGCUUUAAAAUUGGAAUAAAGGAGCUAAUCAGAUCAUUUAAAUUAAAUUGGCUUUAUGGUUACAAAAUUAAUGGGAACAUGGUUAAAAGGCAAAGCAUGUAUUGUAUAUUGUCUUUCGUCCCAGAAUCUAUGUUCAGGCACAUAAAUCCUUGUUAUUGGUUACUUUUUUUAAAACCUGUGGGAUAAACUUGCACUGCACACCAGUUUUAUUCUUGUAUAUUUAGAUUUGUAUGCUUGUGAGUAAAAAUAUGCAUUUGUAAAUAAUUUUUUAGGUUGAAUCAAGUCUUAAAACUUUUAACACACUUUGAGCUUGUUGCCAGUAGGUUUAAGAAUAUCAUGACCUCACAUUGCCUCACUUUGACACUUAUCAUGCUUUUUUAAAAACAUCCCUUAGGAACAGGAAGUUUGCCUUAACUCAUUCUCUCCAUGAUUUAAAAAGCCAAAUGAUUUGUGUGUGGAGAUGGUAUGGUUGUUAUUUGUUAAGGUGAAACUGCUUUUACAGCAAUUAUGCAGAUGACUAAAUCACUUGUAGAAGAAACUGACUUCCAGGUGGUACUAUUUAACAGCAAACCUCUCCCUACCAUCUGGUGUAACCUAUUUAAAAUUGUCGUAUUAGUCUUGCAGCAUUUCAGGGUUAAUCUGACCUAUGCAGAAUUCUAGUUUGUUUAUUGUGAAAGUGGUAAAUCAAAGAUUCGUGAUAAAUUAUAUGCAAUUCUCGUUACCUUCAAAAUGGAUGCUUUACACUGUCUCAGCAUUUAUUUUUGCAAUUUAAGACUUGAUCAGUUUUAAUACUUAAGAGACCUAACAGUUUAUCACGAAUUUGCUGUUAGACUGGAAAGCAUAUAAAACAAAUUGAGGUUGAAUAAAGGAAAAAAUUCUAAAGUUUACUGUGCUUGUCUCUUAUUACAUAUUUAAGGCUCUUGAAAUACAUAGGAUUUGAACCUUUCUGCCCUUCAGAAUUCCAGUAUUUUCUGUUCUGUUUCUUCUCUGUAUUCUUCAUAAGUUGGACUAACUUACUUAACCAAAGCAUUUCUAGCUUUAAAAAAAUUAUUUAAUGAAGAUCUCCUUAUACCUUUAAUAUAUGGCUAUAUCAGUUUUAACUACUAGUGAUAAAAAAUGUAGCAAACACCUGUUUUUAACCUCAGUAGUGGCACCAACUUCAGCUUUCAAAUUUGAAGUUUUCUAAUAACUUUUACUGUCUUCUAUUCAAGAAUGUCUGUAAAAGUUCUAAUAAAUUAGCAAGUCAUCUCAUUGCUCCCUUGCUAAUCUAGAUCUGAAAAUUUGCUUAUAUUUGAAGGCUUGCUUGCUUGCUGCUGAAUCCUGCUUUAAGACAGCCUGUUUACAUCUUGGAAACCUUUACCUGCUGCUGCCAUUUAGACAUAGAGGCUGACUCCUUUUAUUAAAUUGCUUAAAUGUUUCUUUCCACAACUCACCACAAAAAGGGUACCAAUGAAAAUUUAUAGCAAGAAAAAUACAGAUCAUCUGUAUGGGGAGGCAUUAGUAACAGAGGAUUGAUCCUUUUUUUAAGAAAAUCUUCUGAAAUAGUUAUCCCUUUUUUGAAAAAUCAUUAAGUUCUAAGCCUUCAUAUAUCAGAAUUUAUGAGGUAGAAUAGUCUAAGCAGGCUAGAUUUGUCCACUAACUUCAAGUGGCUGCACUCCUUGAAGUUAGAAAGCAUGAUGGUUCGGUUUUGAUGUAGGCCACACACCAGCAUUUUGGCUUUUAAGUUACCCCAUGGUAGUCAGCACUUUGUUUCGGGUAACUUAACCUGUUGGUUUUGUGAGUUCAACAACUUCAAUAUACAUUAAUUCCAGUUACCAUUUUUUAUGUAUAUAGUGUACCAACUUCAUAACAUCAGGUAUAAAAAGCAAUGUGGGUCUUUUGCUAUAUUUAAGAACCUUGCUACUCAAAAGUGUGGUCCAGGGACUGGCAGCAUUAGCCUCACCCGGGUACUAGAAAUGUAGAAUCUGGAACCCCACUUGUGAACUACUGAAUCACAAUCUGCAGUCUAGCCAGAUCUCCAGAUUCAUAAUGCAUAUUUGAGUUGUGAGCACAGCUUUAGUCUCUAUACACAUUCUAGCUUUUUGGAAGUUUCACCUGGGAUGAAAUACAUAGUUCAGCAAAUAAGCUGCUUUACGUCUACCUUAAAGCCUCAUGUGCCUUCUUUUUAAGACCCUACUAGUCUGUAAAUGCUAGAAUAAAGUUAAGUAGGCUGCAUUUACUGUAGAAAUUACAUGAUACAUAAAGUAGACUACUUUUUCUUUGUGCAUCCUUGGUUGGUGCAAUUUUUUUAAAUAAGCACAGGCAACUCCUUUUCAGAGUGAGAGAGAGGGUAAGAGCAUGAAUAAAUUAACAAUUCACUAGAGUUGAAAAGCUUUCUGUUAAUGCAUUAAAUUUGCACUGGUUUUAAAAGCUUUGUGAACUGUUUAAAAAUGGUAUCCAUUAACUAUGCUUUAACAGUUUUUUUUUUACAUAUGACGAAUGUCCAUCUUCUCAAGGGCACUUUCAUGUUAUUAAAUUUUGUAUAGAUCUUAAGAAAAUCUGUAUUCCUCAAAAUAAACUGUAUAAAAGA